GCGAGAUUUGCUUGGCGUGGUGACCCAUGUGAGCGACACCUCCUGCAAGAAUCAUUCUCCCCUGCAGAGGAAAAGGCUAUGGAGUGCUGAACGUUUUCACUGUUAUUCCCCUUUCCCCCAAGCCCCUGUAUUUGUUGUGAUUAGAUUUCUGUAACCUUUUUGGUGGCUAUCGGGCGGUGGAACGAUGUGGAUUCAAAUUCGGACCAUAGACGGAAAGGAGACACGAAUCAUUGAGGAUCUUUCCAGGCUGACCAAAAUUGAGUCUCUGAGGCUGAAAAUCCAAGAUAUCUUCAAUGUAAACCCCGGACAACAACGAUUAUUCUAUCGGGGCAAACAGAUGGAAGAUGGCCACACACUGUAUGACUACAACGUGGGUCUGAACGAUAUCGUCCAGCUGCUUAUCCGUUCCCAAGCGGGGGACGCUCCAGACAGUCCUCUCGUCAUCUCCCCUGUCGUCAGCCCCAAGGAGUGUGACACAAUGCCCCCCACCACCCCCAACACUACGACUGGUGCAGCUACCACCCCCUCUAAACCUACCACCGUGACCCCAACACUUACCCCCAAACCCACCACAGUCAACAACAACACAACCACCACUGGCGACACCAGUACUACCACCAACAUCAGUACAACUACCAGUAAGAAGACGGGUAUCACCAGUGAUCCCAAUAACAACGGAGACGAGUCUUCUUCUGGUCCAUCGGCACCACUGGAGAAGCACGACAAUCAGCCAUCAACCUCUACACGUCCCUUCCUCAUAGACGCGGGAAUUGGGGUGUUCAAGAUAAAGGAGUUGGUGGACUGCAGGGACAUAAGCAUCGGUGCCUGGUUUGAAGCCUGCAUCGACAACGUGUCACUCAGCCCAAAGGGACAGAACAGCACCAGUAAAGCUCCUACAGCAGGGAAGGUUGGCAGGCCUAGCAAAAGGACGAACGGCAAGCUUGAGACAGAGCCGGGCCAAGGCCAAAGCCACCUCUCCUCCUCAGACAAUAAUAAUAAUAAUGGGAAUAAUUCUACUUCUGUGUUGAACUCUGACAGUAUUGGGCCAGGGGCUGGGCCCUCCACCUCUCAAACAGACUAUACUGCCACAGACAAAGAGAAGGAGGAUGUGACGUACCACAUCAGAUAUGAUGAUUACCCUGAGAACGGCGUGGUGGAGAUGUGUGGCGGUAACGUGCGGCCGCGGGCUCGGACCCUGCUCCGGUGGGACCAGCUCACGGUAGGCCUGGUUGUCAUGGUGAACUACAACAUAGAGAUCCCAGAGGAGAGGGGCUUCUGGUUCGAUGCUGAGAUUACAGCACUCAAUGAGAUCUCCAGGACCAACAAGGAGGUCCGCAUCAGAAUCCUGCUGGGAGGGCCAGGGGACGUCAUCCCAGACUGUAAACUGUUGUUUCUGGAUGAGAUCUAUCAGAUUGAGAAGACUGGAGCACACUCGCUGUCUGCUGUAGAUGGACAGUUCAAACGCAAGAGCGGGCCGGAGUGUAAGCACUGCAAGACGGACCCCGAGUCGGAGUGCAGGUUCUGCUCGUGCUGCGUGUGUGGAGGGAAGCAGGAUGCCCAUAUGCAGCUGCUGUGUGAUGAGUGUAACAUGGCCUUCCAUAUAUACUGUCUCAACCCACCGCUAGCCACCAUACCUGACGACGAGGACUGGUACUGUCCCACCUGUAAGAACGACACCAGUGAGGUGGUUAAGGCCGGGGAGAAGCUGAAGGCCAGUAAGAAGAAAGCCAAGAUGCCCUCGGCCCAUACAGAGAGCCAGAGGGACUGGGGCAAGGGUAUGGCCUGUGUGGGGCGCACUAAGGAAUGUACCAUCGUCCCCUCCAACCAUUACGGGCCAGUACCUGGGGUUCCCGUGGGAACAACAUGGAAGUUCCGCGUUCAGGUGAGCGAGGCGGGAGUGCACAGGCCCCACGUGGGAGGUAUCCACGGCCGCAGUAACGAUGGCUCCUAUUCGCUGGUGCUGGCUGGGGGCUUCGAAGAUGAAGUGGACAGGGGAGAUGAGUUCACCUACACAGGCAGCGGGGGUCGCGACCUUUCAGGGAACAAGCGCAUUGGGGAGCAUUCCUUUGACCAGACCCUGACCCACUACAACAGGGCCCUGGCGCUGAACUGUGACGCCCCCAUCAACGACAAGGAUGGGGCGGAAUCCAGGAAUUGGCGUGCGGGGAAGCCGGUGAGGGUGGUGCGGAGCUCCAAGGGCCGACGUAUCAGCAAGUACGCUCCGGAGGAGGGCAACCGAUACGAUGGCAUCUACAAGGUGGUGAAGUACUGGCCAGAGAAAGGGAAGUGUGGUUUCCUGGUGUGGAGGUACUUGCUGCGAAGGGAUGACCUGGAGCCUGCUCCCUGGACACCUGAGGGGCUGGCGCGCAUCCAGACACUGGGCCUGGCUGUACAGUAUCCUCCAGGCUACGUGGAGGCCAUGGCCAACAAGACCAAGAAGGAGGCUAAUGCUCGGCCAGGGUCCAGCAGGAGCAAGAAGCACCCUGGAAGGGGCCGGCCGCGGCUACAACCUCUGAAGAAGAAGGUGAAGGAGGAGGAGGAUGAAGAAGAGGAAGAGAAGCCCAUGGAGGGUACAGACCAGUCACAGAGUAACGGCAGUCAGGAGACAGAGGUGUGUAAGGAAUCGACGGAGCCCCGAGCCAAGCGUCAGAAGAUGGAGGAGGCGUUCCAACUGACAGAGCAGCAGCAAAGCCUCAUAAAGGAAGACCAGUCCAACAGAAAGAACUGGGACGAGGCCAUGGGACACCUCAAGGAGGGGCCGAACUUCCUGAGGAAGGUGGAACAGACGUUUAUGUGUGUCUGCUGCCAGGAGCUAGCCUACCAGCCCAUCACCACCAUCUGUACACACAACGUGUGUAAGACCUGUCUCCAGCGGUCGUUCCGUGCUGAGGUGUAUACCUGCCCUGCCUGUCGCCACGACCUGGGGAAGGAUUACGUCAUGGUCCUAAACAAGACUCUACAGCUGCUGCUGGACCAGUUCUUUCCUGGCUAUAGCAAGGGCCGAUGAGGACAAGACACCUGCACUUACCCAAACAGUUACACACAGACCCAUGAUGCAUACAAACAAACAUAGGCAUACACACUUAUUCAUACAUUGGUACACAGUAUACACACACCCUCCAUCUCCUAGGCAGCAGGGACUGACCCCACCUGUUGGACUUGGACUGUCCCCAUUUACGUCACCAGCCUGAAGUCAUCCAAGCCCCAGGAGAGCCUGGAGCACCAUGCCCCUUCACCCCCAAUGGGUUCCCAUCCCUGGGUACCAACACCCCCCCCAUGAUUUCCCUCUCUCCCUCCCUCUCUAAUUGUCCACAUCCCCAGUCCACAGAACUCAUCAGUUCAUCGCCAUCUACCUGUCCAUGUGAGGAACAGCCAGAGAGGAUGCUAAUACUAACCAUAGCCAUGUAGAGAAUAUGUCUCUAAGUAUGCUAACGCUACUUAGCCUCCAAUGAGAGGGUGUCAGGGAUUACCACCUAGGAGAGAGGGUUGAUGGGAAAUGUAGUGUACAAUGUUAAAGGUUAUUUCUUUAUUACUGGUCGAUUUGAUCUUUAGACACAAAUGGGUUCAUUCUUUUAAAGGCCCUGUGCAGUCAAAAACGAGAUUUUCUUGUUUUAUAUAUAUUUCCACACUGAGGUUGUAAUAAUACUGUGAAAUUGUGAAAAGUAUGAUAAUGGCCUUUCAGUGUAAGAGCUGUUUGAAAAGACUGCCUGAAAUUUCAGCCUGUUUUGGUGGAAUGGAGUUUGGCCUUCCAUGGUGACAUCACCAUGUGGUAAAUGAGUUAAUAGACCAAUAAGAAAGAGGUCCAAACCUCUCUGCCAAUAACAGCAAAUGCUUUGUUUUCCCUUCUGCACUCAAACCACUCCCAGACAGUCCUAGCAAAGUUCUUGCUUGAGAAAUUGCUAUUUCUCAAGCAAGCUAUAUAAGGAGCUAUUUUUGAUUUGUUUUUAUUGAAAACAAUCACAGUAAGGUACUUUGUUGUAGCCUUGUACGAACCACCCUUGUCUCGCGAGUUUCCCUACACGGAUAUCCAGGAUGGUUUGUACGAGGUUAGCUUAAUUGUUUCCUAGAAAUUAUUUGAAUAUUGAGAUAAAAAAAUUCUGCGUUGGACCUUUAAAGAUGUUCCUCCUUUUCUCCUCUGUUCCUUGUCUGUCUGUUCUUGUGGUGAUGUUCCUCCCUUUCUCCUCUGUUCCUUGUCUGUCUGUUCUUGUGGUGAUGUUCUUUUUCUUUCAAAUAUUUCAGGAUUUUUUUUUAAAGACAUGCAAAUGCAAAAUGGUUUAAAUAAUGCUAUGGUCUCUAAAGCAGCAAACUGUGAUGUUUAUUACUUCCUUCCUACCUACUGCUCGAAGUGCUUUAUAUACAAAACAGAAAUGUUCUUCUGCAUUGACUGGCAAGCUAAUUGUGUCCUCCUCCUUUGAGCUUCUCUUCGUCCCCCCCUGUCCCUAGGGUUGCAAGAUUCCGGUAACUUUCCAAAAUUCCCAGGUUUUCCAGAAAUCCUGGUUGAAAGAUUCACGGAAUCAGGGGGGAGAAAAGCAGGAAAUCCAGGACUCCUUCAACAGGGAUUUCUGGAAAACAUUUGAGAAACUUUUGCAACCCUACCUGCCCCCCAGUCUUGUACCGUACCGACCCCUACCGUGGACUACAGUACUAACAGUUCUCUAGACGUCAAGUGGAUGCUUCGCUUCAGCAUUAAUGUUCUCUGUUUUUAUUGUACUUGUUAAAAACAAAAUAAAAAAAGUGAUCUCUAUCAUUUCCUAUACUACUACAACGUAUGCCAUUUUUCUAUACUUUUAGUUGCCUAUUCUAUUUUAAUCUGUAGUUAUUUUUGUGGCAAACUUUACCUGCUGCUGUGUCAGCCUGAAUGAAGAGUUUCAUUGCUUCAUAUUGUGAUCUGAAAUUUUAUACAUGGUAAAAUAAUACUUGAUAUGUACCUAAUUAAAUAUUUUGAUUCCAGAAAACAACAA